GCUUCUGUCCCUCCACUGUGCAUCCACACUGUGCUGCUCUCAAACUGUAAAAAAGAGUUACGGUGUGAAGAGUAGUGCUGCUCUUUUACUUUUGUCUUUCCUUUACCUGCAUAAGCUCUACAAUCUAGAAAAUAUUGAUAGCAUUUUUCAUAUUAUCAUACAUUUUUAUAGCCUUUUUUUAAAAUUAUACCCCACAGAUCAUUGGAGUUUUUCCUGUGCACUGCACGUGAAAGUAAACACAUUGGAAAACGUCUUGGAAAAAGCUUGAUUUUCAAGAGGACAUGAGCUGUAUUGGUGAAGAGGAAAAACCCAGAGGAAUGGCAACGUGGGGACGGACUCAGAGGGGGGCACUCAGAGGGGAUGGACAACAACCCAGUGGAGAAGAUCUUUAAAGAUGGAUGACUCGGGAGGAGAGGCUGUACGGGAUAGGAGGACUGGGGGGUGGAGGGAGACAGAAUGGCGUGAGGACCGAGGCCGGUGGUUGGUUUGAUCUGAGCCACGUGUGCGUCCAGCCACGUCUCUUCGCCGCCUCAUGGAUGUCGACGAAAUGCUGGCAUCCCAUGCCGCCCGGUCCGUUCUGUUUUGGCCCAGAUGUCCUGAGAUGAGGUGAUGCACAGGAUCUUGAAGAAGAAAACAGGCAACUGUGCUUCAGUCUGUCACUCAACAACAGGUUUACAGCUCAACAACUAUUGUCAAAGUGUGUGAACAAGGCAGUCGGAUGCUCAAACUAUGACUGUUCUGCGUGGCUCCCAGGUAUGAAUUUCUUUAAGCAAAUGACUUUGAAGCAGAGCAACGGUUGAAUAAAUGAGUAUAAAAGAGUGAAAAAACAGGAUCUACUGGAAAUGCCAUCGCUCUGCUGCAUUAUGCAUUUAAAACAGGAGUCUUGGCUGAGUAACAUGUUCUACCUCCAUAACACUGGGCAGUCAUGAACUCUGCACAGCCACCCUCUCUAUCCUCAGCCAUGAGUGUAACUGUAAGCUGAUAGUAUGUGAUCAACUGCACUGUGGCACCAUCAUCUUGCCGCUUGACCUUCUCAACAAAACCUAGCUGGAGCAUUCAGUCAGUGCUGUGAAAAUGGCAGCGGAGAGUUUUCAGCUUUGGACAGAGGACAACGAGCUACAGCCAGCUGAUUUGCCAAUGUCACUGCUAGCAUCCCUCCAUCUCAGGGAUGAGGCUGUGGUCAUCAAUGAGAACACCAACCACAUGGGGGAUAAUCCUGAGCCCCAUCCUGUCUUUCCCGUGAUGAUGUCAUCACUGCUUAACCAGUCACGACAGCAAGCAGACAUAUCCAUGAGCAGUAGGCCUGAGCCUCCACCAGCAGAUCAAGAGUUCUUUGAGACUGAGAUGAGCCAAAACGACAGCGAGGCACAGUCUCCCACCCCGACAUCGUUCCUGCAGGAUCUUCAAUCCUAUGCUGAUCACAAUGAUGCAUUUCCUGCGCUGAGAACCAAUGUCACCAAGGAAGGAGAACUUCAACCAGAGAACAAUAUAACCAAAGCUAUGGCAGCAUGUGAGUCCAGCACUGACAACCACCAGCUGUCUGAAGCAGAGUGGUACUGGGGCAACAUCUCAAGAGAGGAAGUAAAUGAGAUGAUGAGGAACACUCCUGAUGGCACAUUCCUUGUCCGAGAUGCUUCCAGUAGGAUAAAGGGGGAAUAUACUCUGACACUAAGAAAAGAUGGCUACAACAGACUCAUAAAAAUCGACCAUCAUGGGGGGAAGUAUGGCUUUUCAGAGCCACUGGCCUUUCCCUCUGUGGUGGACCUGAUCCAGUAUUACCAGAAGAAGUCACUAGCACAGUACAAUUCUAAACUGGAUACACGGUUACUCUAUCCAAUAUCCAGAUACCAGCAGCAGCAGAUUUUGAUGGAAGUUGACAUUGAUACAGCUGGAGAACAACUGAGGAUAUUUCAUGAUCAAUACAAAGAGAAGAGCAAAGAGUAUGACCGUCUGUUUGAGGAGUUAAAUCAAACCUCCCAGGAACUGCAGAGCAAGCGAACGGCCAUUGAGGCUUUUGGUGAAAUCAUUCGGAUUUUCGAGGAGGAGUGUGAAACCCAAGAACGCUACAGCAAAGAAUACAUUGACAUGUUCCUCACAUUGGACAGCAAUACAGAGACUGACAAGAUUCAAAGUAACUCAGAUGAACUGCAGUCGAGGGUGGAAGAGAUCCACAACAGCAAGAAGAAGUUAGAAGAAGAGCUGAGAAACAAGGCGAUGGCUCACAUGGAGGUCGACAGGAAAAUUAACAGCCUGAAGCCUGACCUUGUGCAGCUCAGAAAGAUCAGAGAUCAAUACCUGCUCUGGCUCACGCAGCAAGGCACUAGGCAGAGCCAGAUUAACGACUGGCUGGGUAUUAGGAACGAAGAAGAAGACCCCUACACUCUAGCAGAUGAUAUCCACCAGGAGGAGAGGAGCUGGUAUGUUGGAGGCAUGAGACGAAAAGAGGCGGAGGAGCUGCUGAGAGGGCGGAGGGAUGGGACUUUUUUAAUCAGAGACAGUCAGACUCAGAGUGGCUCUUUUGCCUGCUCUGUUGUUGUGGACGGGGAUGUGAAACACUGUGUGAUCUACAGGACGUCCACAGGAUAUGGCUUUGCUGAGCCCUACAACCUGUAUUCAUCACUGAGAGAGCUUGUGCUCCAUUAUCGACAUACAUCUCUGAUCCAACACAACCAGCAGCUGAAUGUAACCCUGGCCUGGCCUGCUCUCAGCCAGCAGUCCAGCUGAGACACACCAGCAUACCACCCUGAUGGCACUUUCCCAAAGCUUUACAGUAUUAGCACUGAAGACACACCCAAAUGGACACCGUUUCCAGGCUCAGAGUACCGGUUAGUGUUGUCACCAUAUAAGAACUCCCACCAACAGAUUAACUGCUAAAAUUUGGAUAAUGAAUAAUCCAACACUGCUAUGAUGUGACAACAAACAAAAAGCAUUACUGAACAACAGUCACAGUUAUUUAACAGAUUUUAGGGACUUUAUCCACAUCACUGUUAGGUUGAUUACAUUUCUGCCUUUUGUCACCUUUGUUCAUUACAGUGGUUGUAUAUAUGGGUCCUGGCACCAGCUUGUGAACUAGUUUGGGAAAUAGAGGGUUAUUUAAUGCUGUUGUCAUUGCAACGGCACUGACCAAUCAGUAGUAUAUUAAUCUGCUGUCAAAAGCCAAGCUGGAGCUCUGUUCUAAUCUUAUUUCUUGUUUUAAACCCAUUAUUCCUAUUGUGAAAAAUCCCAUUAACUUUCCAUCUGCAUAUAAUGCUUACAAAACACAAUUUGGAUUAAGUACUUAUCUUUUACAAAAUUCAGUAGUGAAUUUAAACUUCUGCAGCAGAAUAAGGUAGAGCUGAAAUUUUUUGCUCCAUGACUACAUUAGUAUUGACAAGUUUACAAAAACUUGUUGCCAAAAUCUGAUACAGUGGAACGGUUUGUAACAAGGACAUCAGGUUUACAUAGAGUGUUUGUAUUUCAGAAUACUCUUUUCAGAGUACAGAAUGCAAACCAUUCAUAACAAGAACAAUCAAAGCACACAGAUAUAAUUUGGCUACUUGUUUUUCAUGUAUGAUAAGAAGAGUAUAAUUAGCUGGUGGAGAAAUGCUGAUUUACAUUAUCCACUAUUCCAGACAUCAAAUAUUCCUGUGCAAUUCUUUAUAUUUUUUCCCGAAAGGCAAGCACAAUAAAUUAUUAGAAGAGCCUUGAUAUUUUUAAGCUUUGAACAAUAUCAAGCCCUCUUCUCUAUAUUUGGCCACGGAUGGCUCAUACUGCAUCUUAUACACUUCUAAAAUAUUUUUUUCCAGUGACCCAUUACAAACUAGUACAUUGUCCUCCAGAUUCACCUUUUAAACUUUAAAAGAGUGAAUUUGUUGCAUCCCUCCAAAGUAUGUAUAUUCUAUAUAAUCAAAUCGUUAUAAUCGGUGCAGUAGCAUUGUUUAAGGUGCUUCUGGGAAACUGAGCUCAGGAUGGGACACUACCCUGCACAUGUGCAUUAUGGGUACUGUAGAAACUGAGGAGACACACAAGCACUUUAUCCAAAACAAGACAACAUAAAUACACAGAGAUAUAGGGUUGGGUUCCCAUAGGUAGUUUCCAUUUUGAAUCCUGUUCCUGGUUGGCAAAAUAUCUAGUUUCAUUUAUAUCCGAUGCUAGCAAAUCUCUUAUUGAAACUUUAAUCUCUCCUUGUUAUUUUUUGUUAAUGAAGACAGUUGUUGAACCCAUACAAGUAACAUGAGCAGCUUUGCAUUCAUUGCCAGGACUGACUGUCGCUUUCCCCAGUUAAAACAGCAAAUGUCAUUAGCGCUAUAUUAUAAUGAAGACUCUGCUCUGAAGAAAUGAUCAGCCAUGUUAUACAGCAGACGUUUUCUGUCUUUUCAGAAAAUAGGAGAGCUUUCUGCCCAGUCUUAUGUGGAACAAAUCAGUAUUGUCUCCUCCAUCAUUUUGAUCUAGUAGUUUGUAUAAAAUUCCUUUGAUUAAGUCAGUAUGCUGCAGCUGUUAUUUCAGUGUGUUACAACAAUCAACAAGCCACAUUUCAUAUCAUCUGCUGCUCGUCUCAUUUUUAGGUCACACCUUGUGUGAACAUUAGCAAGCUUAACUACUGCUAAUGUUGAAUAACUUUGUAGCUAUGGCUAAAAACUUUACGUUUCUAGAUUCUUGCCAAUUAACAGGAGAUCACAGAUCUAAACUAAUUUUUGGUUGCAGUUAUUCAUAAGUUCACCAACUGCAAAUGAUGAAAGCUAAACGUAAUGAGCAUAUAUAUGGGACUUGAAAGGGUUUGGACCUGAUAAGUAUAAUAAUAAGAUACUGGAUUCAAAUGUGAUUGUUAUUGUAUCCCAACCCUACAAAGACAGCGAGAACACAGCUUGAGAUUUGUGAGAAUGUAUGCUAUCACCGAUCUCACAGAUACUGCUGUUUCGAAAUAAGUAUGAAGUUUUUAUUUUGAUGACUACAAAUAGAAAAGUUAUUUUCUUACUGACAUUACAAAUUAGACAACACACAAAGUAGACAUGAGGUGAAGGAAGCUAUGACAGUAUUUCUGUUUGUUUAAUAUAUGCAAAUCUUGGAGUAUCUACCUAAAGCUAGUUAUUCAAGUAAAUGCAAGUUAUCAAUCUGGUUCACAUCAUUAACUGAUUAGGUUAAUUUCUUGAUUUUGUUUGUGAGGAUUAGCGAGGUUGGAGACACUGAUCUGAGACCUUUGUUAAGUCUGGAGCUUGAUAUGAUGUGAUAUUACAGACUUACACUGUAUGUCUCUAGUUUUGUAGGAAACUGCUGAAUAGUGCCUUUAAGUACUUUGUUUCAGCCAUAAUGAGCUGAACAGGUUGUGUCUAGUUGAAUACAGGGUUACAAAAGCGCAAGUACCCACCGGGAGAGCAAUACUAGAAAAACAAAUUGCUUCCAGGACAUUAUAUUUUAUUAUUUUUACCAAAAUUUGUAAAAAAAAUCCCCUUUUCCCGCAGCAGUUGCCACACUGAAUUUACAUCACACUUGGCAUGAAAAAUUGUCAAUAUAUCAAUUUUAUGAUAAACAAUGAUUACAAAAACAAAGGCUCAUAAUUUUGAAGGACUUGAACUUAAACAAUAACUCACUAUUAACCACAUCCCUGAUGUGCACAGUAAAAAACUGGAAAACUAAAGACAGGCUAAAAGUCUGAGUAACAAUUUUAUGGAUUCAAAAAGAGUUACGGAAUAGGGAUGUCAUAAGAACGGAUACUGUGGUACCAAGUCGAUGCCAAAACUCUGAAAAUGUGAUGGGAUCUGUUUUGUUAUGCUGUAGGCGCUGAAGAUACUAGACAAUGCUGGUACAGCAAUAUAACUGCUGAGACUUGUGGGAAAAUGUAGUAGAAAUGCUCCACACACAACCUUCAUUGAGGCUAAAGAUAACUCACAAAAUGAGCAAGGUUUUGCUCACUGACACCCGCUACCAUUCAGUCUGUCACUGAACCACUGUGCAUUUAUAUGUUAGAAGUGUGUUGGCAGUUGCUUUGUUAUUGUAUUUCUUUAAAUCAUUUAGAAAGACAUUAUUGAUAUUACACAAAGAUUUUUUGGCAUCAAAUUUGGCAUCAAGAAUCAUGAUGAUGCAUUGGCAUUUGUUCUGACUUAAAAAUUUCUGAUAUUGUGACAUCCCUUUUGCAGACCUACUGUUACUUUAAAACGUGAAGGCUUAUGAUUGAAUGAACAGCAGUAAAACCAUUUUCAUUACUACUUUAUAAUUUUGCAGCCAUGUUAGUUAGCUAUUAUUCCAGCUGUGAUGGACCAAAUAGAAUAUAUAACCAUAAAAUGUGACAAAAUCAUAGAAAUUGGAUUUUUGAAAAUGUUGGUACACAUCAGCACAAGAGAUGAUUUACUUUUUUUUUUUAACUCCUUCAGUGUGACAUAUAUUCAUAUGGUGAUGGUGAAAACUGUUUACAUUUCAGACCUAUCCAGGGUCAGAGGGAUCUGGAUAGGCGACAGGUUUGCGACCCAGGGACUGCUUUGAUUGUGCAAUUUCUGAGUGGAGAUGAAGUGGUGCUUGUGGAUUACACUGAAUUAUUCAAUCUAUUUUUAUAGAGAAAAUACAGUAGUCAUUAAUUAUAGCAUUGCCAGUUUGGACUGCCCAUUAAUUAAGACAUAAUUACUUAAGACAUAAAGGAGUAGUUUGUUACAUUUUGAGACCGAUUUGAUUAUAGAUAUUUUACCCGUAUCUACUUUUUCCUGUUUCAUUGCUUACCUUAAAUGCACUUGUCUCUUAAAGAUCAUGUUUUACUGUCACUGCAUACAUACACUUGAAAGUGUCAAUUUUGUCAGACUAUUUAUUAUCGUGAAAGAAGUUGCACAAAUUAUGCCAGAUUCCUGCUCUGUGGCAGUAACAAGUUGUAAAUGUUUGAUUUUUGCAUGCCAUCAUUGUGUAACAGAUUACCCUAACAACUGGUCAGAAUAUGGACAUUACGGCUGGGUACUGUUUUGAUACCAGUUCUGGUACUAUAAUUACACCACCAGCUAUAAAAGAUAUGUUGCGCUACCUUUCUUUAAGGGGUUAGCUAUAUAUAUUCUGCGAAAUACUUAGUUAAUAAUAUUAUUUGCUUUUUGCUUUAUCUCCAUCAUUGGUGCUAGGCACUCAUUGCCGUAGUUUUCCUUUAGUGCACCUCUCUGAGAUCACCUGUCAUACAUACAGUAUGACUCAUACUUCUUUAUCAAAGCAAAUGCAAAAGCUUUCAUUAUGGUUGUGGUCUGUUGUGCUUGUAAUCACAUCAUUCUGCAAUAUAGUGUUGCACGGUAGUAAGGUCUGCAUAUGUUGUGGACCAUGUCCCACAGCCUCCAUGUGGUAAUGCAAGUAGGACUUCUAACCUAUGAGAAACCAAAUGUAGGUGUCUGUCCCUUGUCAUCCAGGUCAUGUCUGUUUUUUUUUUUUUUUUUUUUUUUUUUUUUAACUUUUUGCACACUUAUUAGAUUGAGUGCUAAAUUAAGUUUAUGACUUAAAAUAUAAAUUUAUAUAAUGUUGUGAAUAUAAAAAAUAUAUAUGUUAGGCAUUUCGGUAAAUUUUGUAGCAGGUAUACAAAUGGGUAUACAUGUUAUAAGUGCACAAAACAGACAAGACCAUUGCUCUGUGGGGUUUAGAUUUAAAGCAUAGCAUUUGCACACUAUCUCAUGUGAGGUGGCGAUACUAAAACUGUGUCUUCAUGUACAUUCACUCUGUUACUAAGGCAAGUGGACAUGUGGUGGUUGUAAAUAUGAUAAAGUUGCUCAUGAGAUUGAUGCGUCAUAGCACUUACAAAAAACAGAUGUUUUGACUGUGGUAUCUUUAAUGAGGUGAUCAUAAUAUUUAGUUCUGUGAAGUCAGACAUCUUUGUAAUUAAGUGUGCACAAUUUGGUCUGUUGUUAGUGUCUCUUUGUAAUUUUAUCACUGUGCAAACACAAGCAAAAUAGAGAUACCACAAAAACAUUUUUAAAAUGAUGUUUUGUAGGGGAAUAACUGGCAUCACAUUUAAAAUGUGUGUCAUGAACAAUCUUUUUAAUUAAGUCUUUGUCCAACUAAUUCCAACAUAAUGUUUGAACAACCAUUGUCACGAUGCAUUUGCUGUUGUAUAUUAAAAGAAUUACACACAGCUACAGAAAAUAUAAUGUUGAAAGAAAAAUGUAAAAUUACAAACAGAUUGUUGUAAAAGUUUGGUCUAUACAAGAUAUACUAAUAAACAAGAACCAACGUACUAGCCAUUGAGCUAUCCUGCUAACUUUUAAACAUCCCAAAUUUCAUGUUUCUUGACUUAGAACAAAUGAAACAAAUGAUUGCCAUUUAGAUUUUGCUUGCUGACCAGUAUGCUCUCUUCCGACUAAGGAGGUUUAAAAUGAAUAACAACCAGAGAAAUUCUUAAAGGUUUCUUCAAAAUGUAUGCUAGAUACCACAGAUUUGUGACAUGGAAGAUUAAAUCAGUUGAACAGGUGGAUAGUGUAGCAACAACAGCUGUAAAUCUUUUUUGGAUUCCGAGAAGAAGACUCAGUCAGAUGCCUUUACAGAAGACAUUUCUAGGUCUAUUCACUUAUGCUCAUUAGAUUUAUUGUAAGGCUUGAUAUGGCAGGAAUGACUGAAUGAGCUCUACAGUGUAUGUGUAAAAAAACAGAUAAUCUUGUUUGUCUGUGGUCCAUUGAUGUGGUGAUAGUUUCAAUGGUAAUAAUGCCACAUUUAGCUCAGAUAUUGGGAAUGCAUUUGUUUAUUCUGAUAUAGUUCCACAGAAAUUCUGUUCGUAUUGGCUGAUUAUGCAGAAUAUGAUUUAUAUCUUAUCGCAGCGCUCAGUGACAAUGCAGGAAAUAGCCAGCUAUUCAGGCAGAGAGGCAAAUGGAAAGGUUGUGAGGAAGUGGUGGUGGAUGGGCUUUAAAUGUGUGAUUUGGGAACUCAAACCCAGGGUUUACAACCUCAUAUCAGUAUUCUGUAUUUACAUUUUUUGUAUUAUUUAACGAUGAUGACAAUCAUCCCCAAACUUGAAGCAACUCAACUUGUCUAACCUAGUCGUAUUGAAAUUGCUUGGAACAUACAUGGUAGAAAUGUUUCAUUAAAAAAACUGCUUGCCCCAAGACAUUUGCACUUUUGCAGUUUCAACCAUUUAGCCGGCAGAAAACAGUCAUGUUUAGGUACAAGAUCAAACACCAUUAAGUGAAGCGACUAAUUAGGCAUAGAGAUUUUCAGAUAUUGAAUAUGUUAAAUUGUUGGCUUCAAUCUGUUUAAGUGACAGCAUUCUGUCAUUCAGACAUGGGUCAUUUUUACAUUAAUGUUUCUCAUGGCUUCAUUCAGACAUAUCACUGACACUGAGAGCCAUAGUAUAUACACAGUAUUUGCCAAAUACAAAGCGACAUAUAGUGCAGGAGAUUGUGCUGCCAUUACACAUAACAACGUAUAACAUGUUGUUGUAAUCUUGUGUGUGCAUAUUUGUUAAUGCAACUGCAUGCAGUUCAGACGUACAGAAAAUAAUAACAUCAGUAUUAAAAGGUCUGACCUUGUAUGACUCUCCCUGAGACUUUAACAGGAAAGUGACCAGGGUGCUUAUUCAAACAUGAAGUCAACAUGCUAAGAUGAUGUCAGUUCAAAGGAAAUGAGAGCAUGUUGGAAAGGGGCUAAUGUAGAGUAUUAAAGCUGUAGGUAGGUUUGGUGUGGUAUGUGAUCAGGUAUUACGCUGGGGAUUAGUAAGUAUAGGAAUGGUGUCUUGGGUUUGACGUGGGUAUAAGUCAAGAAGAGCAGGAUGGUUUGUCAGAAGAAAUGCACAUUUACAGUGUUUGGGUGCCAUUCAUUGGCUUGGCAAUUGUUCUCAACUUUCUUCCAUGCCACAACAUGAUGGGAUCUAGCAGUGAUGUUUUUAAAACUAUUUUGGGAGAUAUAUUUUUCUUUUCAUCCAGAGUAAAAUGAAAAGAUCCUGAUCACCUUUUUUAAACAUCUGAAAUCCAGGGACUUUGAGCUGUGCAUAUGAUCAAAUACCUCUAAUUGUCUCUGCAUCGUGUUUAACAUAGUAUCUGUUCAAAUUUUUCUGUAACGAACUUUAAUUUUUUUUCCCAUUGUGGCUGUAUGGACUUGUCUUUUUCAUUUGAUCUAAAGAACUUAGCUGUCCUUAGUUAAUAGCCUAUUGCUGUGAGAAAAUACUGUUACUGUAAAUGUUUAUUUACUGUAGUGAUUAUGCUAUAACAUUCAGGUUGUUGUCCUCAAUCAGAAAUAGCUUGUGUUUCCUUUUAGGAGUCAUAUUUGGAGAAAACUGGUUUCAGACAUUUUUGCUGGUGUACAACCUGACUUUACCUACUUCAGAACAGUACUGUUCAUGUAUGCACUUUCAGAUCCUAAAUAAAAUUGAGAUUAUGGUUUAA